GCGGACCUGAAGAUGAGAGUUCCACCUGGCGACUGUACGGAGCCUCAAACAGAGUAAUACGACAAAUCCCGCCGCUCACCCUGGAUAAGUAGGACACUAAGAUGCCCAAAAGUGACACCUGGCCAGGUGGCGCUGGACUGGAGACGAUGAAUGGCAUGGACAGUGCCGGCAGCUGUGACAGUGUUGUCAGCGUCAAUUCUGGCUUUAGCGAUGACAGUCUGGAGCACCUGUCUGCCGAAGAAAAGGCCUGUCUCAUGUUUUUGGAGGAGACCAUCGAGUCUUUAAACACCGAAGAGGACAGUGGGCUCUCUAAUGACGAACCUGACCAACUGCCCAGCCCUGGCAGCCUUGCAACCAAACUGGCUGACCUGUCAGCCUCCAUGAGCAAAACCAAGCUCGACGGUUCACAGAAACCCGCUUUUAAAGAGCCCAUAAAGAGAAAUGUUGAAUCCAAACCCAUGCCCAGUUACCUGGUUCCUACGCCGCUCGUCGUGGCAGGCAGUCCUCCCUGUUCUGUUGCCAGCACGAGGCCGGUCGCCUGGGCAGACAAAGCACAGAGUGUCCAGCAGACACACCCACCGGUACCUCUGGAGGUGCACGUGCUGAUUCCACACGCCACAAAGCCCAAAGACCCCUCAGCCAGGACAGCUGAGGCUCCUCUACUCAGAGGACCUCUGUCCUAUGACGCACUCGUCCAUCUGCGGCGGACCGCCUCCAAUAAGAAGACCCCUCUGUGUCCCACGGUUGAUCACACAAUAGAUCUGGAGGAAAACCACGACGCCCCAAAAGAAAACCCAAACAGCGGAGAUCUGCACGGCUCUAACAAAUCCCACUCAGAGGUUUCCAGGUCUAAAGCAGGCCCCCCUGCUGUAGCACCCAAACCCAAAUAUACCCCUCCCAACAUAUCUGUGAAAACCCUAAACGGAGGAUCCAUGAUGCCAGACGUCUCCUGCAGUGUCUCGCAUGCAGCAGAUUCCCAGGUGGUGCGACUGGAGGCUUUGAAGAAGCUCGGCCUCCUGAGAAAUCAAAAGCUGCCGAAGGGGGAAAAAUCCCCUCAGCCUCCCGGCAAACCUCCACCGUCUUUGGAUCCAACACCAAGCAGAAUUACGAGAGGUCCCUCCAAUUGGAAUCCAACAAGGAGCCCGUCCUUUUGUUCUUCCCAAGCCCCCACGGAACCCACGGGCCGGCCUCUGCAGGGCAGCGCCAGCUUCCACCACCCGUCCAGACAGAGCCAACAGCCCGCACCACGCCAUCCGGCUGGAGGCGGCGGGUGGAGGGCCGGAGCUCUGGGCCGCUCGGCUAGCCUAGACACCGACGGACGAACCUGCCCCCAACCACAGAACCUCCCAGCAGCCACGUCUGUGCCCCCCGGCACCGCCAGCUCAGUGGGGUACUCCGUAGUGGUGGUGCCCGGGAUGGGAGCCGACCGGAAGGAGGCGCUCAGAAAACUUGGACUCCUGAAGGAAGGAGGCCGGUAAACAAGCCGGAGUCCAUGCGGUGCUCAGAGGAGCUGCAGGGUCCCGUCGGCUUAGAGAGGGUUUCGGUAUGAAGUGAGAACUCGCGGCAAAAUAAUUGAAAGGGAAACACCAGCAAAGACCAUUCUGACUGUACACACCCACUGAUUCAGGGGCAGCUCUUCCCUCCAAACUCAUUACUACUGAAAACAUGCCUUGCCCCUUCCACACCCCCGAAGUUCCUCCUGUUUAUUGAACAUUGACUGUAAAUACCACUGAAUCAUCUCACUGUCACAGUAAUGAAGGGCAGUCAGAGAGAAUCCCUGAGAGGAAACAAAAGGGCACAAAUGUAGGACAACAGCGUGUAAAGCUGUUAUUGAUUGUUUUAGAUUCACAGACGUGCCUGCAAGUGAUUUUUCGGGGAAAAUAACUAGUUUCCGUGCUUUUUAUUUUAGUAGCGAGAGGCAACAUUUAAACAAUGUUUGGGUGAUCAGGCAGAGUUUUAUGAACCAUCUCCAGCAUGUGAUCCGGUUUUCCAUCAUGAUUUCUACUCUAUACGUGAGCCAUGUGCUCUCACAAGGGUUCAUUCUUAAACAUCUUUUUUUUUUUAUAUCAACAACAUUUUAAUUCAUUGUACAGUGAAAUCUUUGCAAAGCCUAAAUACAGCAUCGCAUUUUGCACCGAGGUGUUGUUUCUUUUAUUUGCCGCCUACUAUCCAAGGCGUUACCAUGGAUACCCCAUAUUGAUUGUUUAAAGUGUAAUUUGAUUAAGCUUUAAGUGACCCGCGGGCUCUCCGGGCCUCAGCGCUCCCGUUACAGGACGGCCAUCAGCCACGCUGCUCAUCUUACAAGCCACUCUCUGAUGAGAGAGCCCGCUCAGCUGUCCCGUCAUUAUCCGAUUAGCUUAAGCUCCACCUGCGUGCAAACGGAGCCGCGCGGCGCUUUCAUUCGCCUGCUCUGCCGGUGUCACCACGCCCCACACUCUCACUGCCAUACUUCACCUACUGCUGGGUCACAGAUGUCAGGUCACCAUGCAGGAGGAUUUCUGGAUGGUUUGGGGUUGAGGGGGCCUGUAUCCUGUAUGUCUCCACACAGCCCAUAAAAAAAAGAGGAAAAAGAAACUGGGGCUGAAAAGUUUGGGGCAGUAUGGAUUGACGUGAUGGGUGCACCCACCAAAAAAACAAAAACAUUUGUGAUGGAAAAACUGAAUCUCAGAUCAGAUUUAUUGAUGAUUUACAAUAAAUGUACAUCCUUUUGGCUCAGAUUCAGUUUACUACAAAGUGUCCAGAGCUGAGUUCAUGUGUAACGUGAGAUAAGUGGGUUCCCGGCAGCUUGAUAACCUGACCCCGUGUUACCAGAGUUCCACCACAAACCUGUCCAGCACAAUGCCUGAGGACGCCUUCACCAUCAUUGUUUUCAGAUUAGAGUUCAGAUGAAUAGGUUUUCUUUUUGGAGAGUAAAUGAAAAGCUGCAAAUGUAGUUUAAAAAGAACCGACGGAAAAAUACCAGAAAUCGCCUUUCACAGAAGCUUAACAAACCUGCUUUUUUUUUUUUUCUUUUCUUUUCUUCUUUCUUUUGACAGCGCCCAGACUCCAGUCCUUCCAGGUGGUAGGUAGUGAUCAGAAAAGCCAGUCAG